AUGAAAUUAAUAAACAUUUUAACGAGUUUUAUUGUUAUUAUUUUAAUAUUAUUUUUAAACUCGUCAACAUGUAAUUACGGAGUAACUGCAUUCAAUAGUCACCGUAGUAAAUUACAACUCGAUGAGCAACUUCGUAAAUCAGUACCGCCAAAAGUACACUACUCUGGGAAGAAUUAUGAUUCAAGUUAUAAUAGCGACGAAAUAUGUAAAUUUAAUAUCAUUAUCAGGGUCAAUGAAUGGAGUACUGAUGACAUAGAAAAUGUCUGGGAAUUAAGUGGCCUAUUUGAAGGUGAUAUAAUGCCCAAUAGUGACUCGAAAAUAAGAAAUGGCCUUGUCGAUGAAGCUAUGCGAUGGCCUAACGGUAGCAUUCCUGUUUAUAUCGACAGAGAUAAUUUCGAUGAAGAUGAUGUCGAGAGCAUAAUGGGAGCCAUAGAUGAGUUUCACGAAAAAACAUGUCUUGUUUUUCAUCCGUAUGAUAAUAAAACCGACAAGAAUUACGUAAUAUUUCGAGGAAAUCAAGCCGGUUGUUGGUCUUCGGUGGGCAAACAGAACGAAGGCCAAGUUAUAAAUUUACAAAAUCCCGGUUGCCUUAGUCACGGAACUAUUGUGCAUGAAAUAUUACACGCUGUUGGUUUUUAUCAUCAACAGAGUACCUACGAUCGCGACCAGUUUGUUAAAAUAAACUGGGAAAAUAUAAAGCCAGGGAGAGAGCAUAAUUUCAAUAAAUAUGACAACCGUACGGUUACUAAUUAUAAAACCGAGUACGAUUACAACAGUGUAAUGCACUACAGUAAAAAAGCAUUCUCGCAAAAUGGCAAUGAAACAAUUACGCCUCUUAAACCGGGAGUUGAAAUUGGGCAGCGCAAGUCCAUGAGCAAAAAAGAUCUCUUCAAAGUUCGUAUGAUGUACAAAGAUCACUGCAAAGGAAGAAAACCUCAAGGAGUAAUUGCUUCCGUUCCACUCCGAAUAACUUCGUUACUUUCCUAA